ACAGCAUAAUAAUAAAGGGAAAAAAAUAGAAAAUUAAAACGGCUGAAAAAGGGUGAGAGAACAAGGUCGAAACUGAUAGAAUUCAUAAUUGUUGGAGCUCCACAAAAGACCGGACUCCUCCCUGACUCCAUCCACGCGCCGCCGUACUCUGUGAGAUCCUCCGUUGUCUCCGCCCUCUGCCUUGUCGGUUUUCCGAUCUGUCAUACCAAAUGGCCAACAGAGUUCAAAUUCCUAGCAACAAUUCAGCACUCAUUGCCAUGAUUGCAGAUGAGGACACUGUAGUUGGGUUUCUGUUGGCUGGAGUGGGAAAUGUUGACAUACGUAGGAAGACAAAUUACCUCAUUGUGGAUGCAAAAACAACUGUCAAACAAAUUGAGGAUGCAUUCAAAGAAUUUACAACAAGGGAGGAUAUUGCAAUUGUGAUGAUUAGCCAAUAUGUUGCAAAUAUGAUAAGGUUUUUGGUUGAUAGUUAUAACAAGCCUGUUCCUGCAAUUCUCGAGAUCCCUUCUAAAGACCAUCCUUAUGAUCCGGCACAUGAUUCAGUUCUGUCACGAGUGAAGUAUCUCUUUAAUACCGAAUCGGUUGCAUCUGGGAGACGCUGAACUCACACUUCACUGUUGCAGCUUUUUCGGUGCUUAUUUCUUUUGUUUGUACAUUAUGGUCAAAUAAUCUUUUCUUGAAAUUCAGAAUUCAAUGUAGCCUAAAUAAUUUGUGCUGUCUGAGGAUAGUUUAAAAUUCUUGUCACAACUUUAAGAUGGGCGAAUAUUUUAUGGUUUCAUGUCAGAUUCAGAUUAGCUUGGAAUAUGAGUUUAUCUGUCAUCUCUCACUCAC